ACGGACUGCAUCUGCAUCUCAUAAUUGCAUCUAUUGGUCACUCGUAUCGAUUAGGAGUCGUUUAUAGUGUAAAAUGUGAACUUUCUGGAGUCGUAAAGUCAGUAAACGUGAGUGACGUCAGCGUAAGGGGCGAAGUUUACCGCCGUUUGUCGUAACCUAAUUUUUGACGAAAAAACACAAAGUUACCGUCCGUGUUUAGUUUAUGUCCAUCAAUAAAUCCACAAUAAUGAUUUUACACCGAGUGAAGUGACUGCGUGCACUCAAAGAGGCCUAGAAACGUGACAACAGACGUUGGCUCCGUGCCAGAGGGCUCGGUGAGCGAAACAAGCGAACCUAACCCAGUUUGUGUCAUGCCACUUAUACUAAUAUAGCUUUGUAGAUCUAACGUUAUAACGUUAUAUUGCGUCCAUAGAAAUGUCCCUUUGUAUCACAGCUGACAUGUUUGUACACCGUGUACACAAACAGUGCACACAGUGUACCAGUGUUUAGAUUAACGUUAAAUCUCUGAAUAGAUGUUAUAUUACAGCUGACUUGUGUAUGACACUGAAACACAACUUUCUCAUCACAACGCUGAACCUGAUCAUGAAGUAUUCAGAUCCUUUGCUGAGGUAAAAAGUACUAAUCCAACAUUCUCCUUGUGUGUGUUUUUAAAGUGGACCUCCCGUGUCUCCAGGUGUCUCCAGGUAUCUGUGUGUGUCUCCAGGUGUCUCCAGGUGGACCCUCUCAGGUUUGCACUCUGACCUGCAGGCCAAUGUAAGUCGUGCUGAGUGACUGCGUGUGAAAGAGGGACCAUCGCCAUCCUCAUGUCCAAUGGAGGAGACUUUUACGGACGCACUGAGCGCGCCCGCCAGUCGCCGUACUACGACCCGGUGCCGCUCGGCUCGCUGCCCCGAGCGGACUCCUACGACCUGCUGAGGGAGCGCGGAGCGUCGCCCCUCGCCCGCAGCGCCGACCCCCUCCCUCCGCCGCCCCUACCCGACCAGCCCCCCGUGGGCCCCGAUUCGGAGGACGAGGAGGACGAGGAGGACCAGCACGACGACCCGGCCCUCGACAUCAAACCGGUGCACCGCUUCAUCCCGGACUCCUGGAAGGACUUCUUCAAGGGGAGCAGCGGCGGCGGCGGCGAGCAGCCCGGUUCCGCCCCCGCCUCCUCGUGCAACAACAACAACAACAGCACCAGUGACGGGGUGCGCUGCUCGCCCCCCCGCUCCCCCUCGGCGCCCGGGUCCCACCGGGAUCCGUAUGGCGGCUCGGGAGGCAGCUACAACUCGCGCAAGGAGCUGCUGGAGCUGCAGGGGUCGCUGUCGGGGCGCACCCACCACACGGGGCUGACCUACAGCGAGCGGGUGGAGGAGUACCACCUGCGCUACGCCUUCAUGAAGUCCUGGGCCGGGCUGCUGAGGAUUCUGGGCUGCGUGGAGCUCCUGCUGGGCGCCGCCGUGUUCGCCUGCGUCUGCGCCUACGUGCACAAGGACAACGAGUGGUUCAACAUGUUCGGGUACUCGGCGCCCGGGGGCGGGUACGGGGGGGGCGGGUACGGCGGGGGCGGGUACGGCGGCGUCACGGGCGGGUCCUACUACUCGGGCCCCAUGACGCCGUUCGUGCUGGUGGUGGCGGCGCUGGCGUGGCUGGUGACGGUGAUGCUGCUGGUGCUGGGGAUGACCAUGUACUACCGCACCAUCCUGCUGGACUCCACCUGGUGGCCCCUGACGGAGUUCACCAUCAACCUGGCGCUGGCGCUGCUCUUCAUGGCGGCGGGCAUCGUCUACGUCCGGGACACCACCCGCGGGGGCCUGUGCUCCUACCCGGUCUUCAACAACGGCAUCAACGGCGCCUUCUGCCGGACGGAGGCGGGCCAGACCGCCGCCAUCAUCUUCCUGUUCGUCACCCUGGUGGUGUACCUGAUCGGAGCCGCCGUGUGCCUCAAGCUGUGGAGGCACGAGGCGGCGCGGCGCUACCGGGAGAAGCACGGCCACGAGAUGUUUCCCACCGAGCCGCGCGCUGCACAGUCCCUGCAGAUGGCCCCGCCCCCGCACCACAGGUCUCCGGUGCAGGUGGAAGGCUCCUCGGUGGUUCCCAUCAAAGCCGCUCCGAUGGCGGCUGCCCCCCCGCACGUUCUCCAGGGAGCGAUUCCAUCGGGACACAUUCCCAGACCGGUCAUCGUGCCCGACUACAUCGGGAAGUACCGGACGGUCCGGUCGGACGAGGAGCGGGACCAGUACCGCGCCGUGUUCAACGACCAGUACGCCGAGUACAAGGAGCUCCACUCGGAGGUGCAGGCCACCCUGAAGAAGUUCGAGGAGAUGGACGCCAUGAUGCGCGGCCUGCCGCAGCGCCCGGGCAGCCAGAUGGAGGUGGAUCGAAUCAACAAGAUCCUUCAGGACUACCAGAGGAAGAAGAAUGACCCGACUUUCCUGGAGAAGAGGGAGCGCUGCGAGUACCUGAAGAGCAAACUGUCCCACAUCAAACAGAAGAUCCAAGAGUACGACAAAGUGAUGGAGUGGAACGACGGCUUUGGUUUCUUCACGGGACCGAUAUCAACAGCUUCCGUAACUUGUUACCUGCCGAGUGAACCGACAGAUCGAUUCCCGGAUCAGAACCCAGAGGAUCCAGCAGUCAUGUCCUCUCGGCCCAACGGGAGUCCUCCUCCCUACGAGUCCGACCCCGGAUAUAAGGUGGCGUCCCAGCCGGCCUACUCCUACUACCCCGACGACGAGUUCCAGCACUUCUACCGCUGGUCGUCCCCGCCGGGCAUCCUGAAGAUCAUGUCCAUCAUCUCCAUCGUGAUGUGCGUGGCCAUCUUUGCCUGCGUGGCGUCCACGCUGGCGUGGGACUCCCAGGGGGCGCUGGCCGGUUUUGGUGUCGGCGGCGGCUACGGCGGCGGCGGCUACGGCGGCGGCUACGGCGGCGGCGGCAGCUACGGCAGCUUCGGCAGCGGCGGCUACGGUGGCGGCGGCGGCUACGGCGGCUACGGAGGCGGCUACGGGGGGGGGUACUACACCGACCCCCGGACAAGCAAAGGGUUCAUCAUCGCCAUGGCGGCCGUCACCUUCAUCGCCUGCCUGGUCAUCUUCAUCAUCGUGGUGUCCCACCAGCACCUGACGGAGAGCCGCAAGUUCUACCUCGCCGUGGUGAUCAUCAGCGCCAUCCUGGCGCUGAUGAUGCUGAUCGCCGCCAUCGUCUACCUGGUGGCGGUGAACCCCUCGGCGCAGGCCUCGUCGUCGGGCUACAUGGACCCGAUCGCCGGCCUGUGCGCCCAGUACCAGCAGCCGCAGGCCUCGGGGAUCCUCACCAACCAGUACCUUUACCACUACUGCGUGGUGGAGCCGCAGGAGGCCAUCGCCGUGGUGCUCGGCUUCCUGGUGGCCGCCGCGCUCAUCGUCAUGCUCGUCUUCGCGCUGAAGACCCGCAAGAAGAUCCAGGGCCACGGAAAGAGCAACAUCCUGUGGAAGAAGGUGAAGGUCAUCGGUGAAAUGGAGCCGCCCCCCGACGUGGAGGCCUGGGUGAACAACGUGGCCGUCGACCCCGAGGUGCUCCCCAUGUCCGACUACCCCGAGAAGAUGAGGAGCUCCAGGAGCCACCUGGACGACGAGAGCACCAACUACGACAAACCUCCGUACAGCUACUCGCCGCCGCUCACCGAGGAACGCCUGCCGCUGCAGAACGGCGCCCCCUACGGGGCGGGCUCCGACGUGUCCGGGAAGCCCAAGAAGAAGCGAGCCGGGCGGCCGCGCCGCGCAGAGGGCGCCGACUACGAGACCGACUACAACUCGUCAGGAGACGAGCUGGACGACGACGACUUCGACAGCGAGUUUCCUCCGAUCGCCGACGAGUCGCAGCGCAUCGAGUACAAGCGCCAGUUUGACCGCGAGCACCUGGAGUACAAGGAGCUGCAGGGGGAGCUGGACGCCCUCAACAAGGACCUGUCUGAGGCGGACCGGGUCCUGGACGAGGUGCCGGAGGGAAGCCCCCAGUACCUGGACGCUUUGGACGUGUACGACAGGAUAAAAGCCAUCAAGAAGUCUGCAGACUAUCGGGUGAAGAGGCGUCGGUGUAAAUAUCUCAAGUCCAAACUGAACCACAUCAAGAAGAUGGUCAGCGACUACGACCGCAGGGCCUGAAGCACGAUGAGGACCUUCAGAAAGAAGCUGAUCAAUAGAAAGCCAUCUGUCCAGGCUGGUCCCCGGGGACACGUGGGACACGUGUUAUCCUGUCUGUGAUAUGAAUAUCCCCCACAGUACACUGAAAUAUGUAUUUAUUUCUUAUGAAUUAGUCUUAGUGGAGUGGACACAAAUGACAUAGUCCAUGGUUUUUAAUUACUUUGUUACAAUGACAGUAAAACAUGCUCUUUUUCUUUAAUGCUCAUUUUUAAUCUUUGAGAAAACAAACUUGUAAAUAUGCGGGAAGCAGUUUUAACUAGAAAGAGGUUUUUAAUGUUUUGGCAUGUAUUUCCUCAUGGAUAGUUUAGGACUUGUUUAAUGUGAUGUACUUCUACAGUGACGUGUGAUUAACUUUUUAUUGAAAUAAAGUCUUUUAUUGAACAUU